CUUCGAGGUGGCAGAGGCUUUCCACAGGAGGGGAACUGCUGCACUCUCGUCCUUCCAAACAGCACACGAGCAGUUCUACCGCUCAUCUGCUGAAGUCAUUUCUCAGUCCCCUCUUGUAUCUGGCAUCCUCGCGUCCUUCCAGAACAAGCCGCCGUUUGCCGUACCCGACCCAACCAAAGCAACAUCAGCAUCUCCAUCAGCCAUGCAUGCGAUCUCCACACCAUCACCAGCAUCCUCAUCCCCAUCGCCUCUGGCUGAAUACAUGGCUGCUGGCUGCACUCGCCCGUCCACGCAGCAGCAAGCCGCCGUCACAUUGCAUACCUCCCUCACACUGCUGCAGCAGCUGGUAGAACUGCAUCAGGAGACAGUGUCAGAAAUGGAAGAUAUUUAUCACGCUGCUGCCGCACGCUUGCUUGAGGAGAAUCUGCAUGCGUCAGCCCAGCCUGCUGGUGAUGACGGUGUAGCUGCUGCUGCUGCUGGUGCAGUUAGUGGUGAUAUUGCUGAUGUUCAUAAUUCUAAUGCUGCUAAUGCCAGUGCUGAUGAUGGUGCUGAUGGUGGUACUGAUGAUGGUGCUGGUGAUGGUACUGAUGACAAGGACAGUUUGGGAGGAGCAAUAGCAGGGACACGAAGCAGUGUAACAGUGCAAGCUGAUGUGGUAACCAUGAUGGCAGCUGUGCUGGAAAUGCUCAAGGAGGACCUUCAAAUGAAGCUCACCAUAGUGGCAGACCUCUCUCUAUCCACAUCAGCUGCACACGUGUCAACAUACUCGAUGAUGUGGCAGCUUCGGCCAUUUGUGGAUGAAAGGGCAGAUGACGUCAGCGGCAAGGGACAACAUCGAGGAAAGUUCGUGAACGCUCACCAGGCGAGACUCGCAAAAAUUGAAGCGGCCAAGGCUAAGAGAGCAGCCGCUGCUGCUGCCGCGGCCGGUGGUUCUGCAGCCAAUUCGGCUAAGUCUUCUAAUUCCGCAGAUGACUAG